AUGAAUUACACUUGAAAUUUAUAAUAUUCUUCAUUUCACACGAGAUUGCUGCAAUAUACCACCCACUAUUAUUUUAGACUUUUUACAUGUAUUAAAAAAUAUAUAUUAUAUGAAAAUGAUAAAUUAUAAAUAUUUUUGUUCUUGAUAAAUUUGCAUAAUAAAAAGUCUUGUUCAAAUAUUAUUAUACAGGUGAAAGAAAACAUAAUAAUAAUGUUCAACAUUGACGCAGAGAGGAAGAAAGAAAGGGAAAUCGUGAAUAUAAAAUACCCAUUCAUGCAUUCAAUUUGAAAUAUACUUGUGUCCCUCCCAAUUCACCCAUUCAUUCAUUGCAGAUUAACCUAAUUUACAGAAAAAGUGAUUUUCUUUUUCAAUUUCAUACCUUAAUUUCAAUUCCUAUCAUCCUUUUCUUUAUUAACAAUAAUCAUAUCUAAAUAAGCAAGCAUCUUCAAUUAUUCAUAUUGAUUUUAUCAUAAUCCUCAUCCUUCUAAAUAUUGCCACUUUUCAUUGAUUUGAAUUUCAGAAUUGUUGCUUGUUUUUAUGCUUGCAGUUUUCACUUCAUUCAACAACUACAUGGGGAAUUGUGUGGUUAAGUCUCACUCUCAUGUGAAAGAGGAUGAUUCUCUUCAUCAGGACGUCGAAUUUGCUUCUGGGAAGGUUCAUCUUAUUAAUACCAAAGAAUCUUGGGACCAAAAGUUAGAACAAGCAAGAGGAGAUGGAAAAAUGGUUAUUGCAAAUUUCAGUGCGACGUGGUGUGGUCCUUGUAAGAUGAUUGCACCAUAUUAUUGCGAGUUAUCCGAGCACUAUCCGUCCAUUAUGUUCUUACUAAUUGAUGUCGAUGAACUAAUUGACUUUAGCACGUCGUGGGACAUUAAAGCCACGCCGACGUUCUUUUUUCUUAGAGAUGGACAAGAGAUUGACAAACUUGUAGGAGCCAACAAGCCAGAGCUGGAGAGGAAGAUUGCUAGUGUUAAUGUGGUUCCCCGACAUCAAUAGCGAUUCAUGAAAGUUAUGCUCAACUCUUCUUCUCUCAUCAGAGCCUGCAGUGAUAUGUAUUCAAUGUGUAAUCCUACAACUUUGUCGCUGUAUUUUUCUUUGUAAGUAAAUAUGCAAACAUUUCAAACAAAUAUCUUGUAUUCAAUUGAUAUCAUUGUAGUUAAAAGAAGUUUAUUUCUGAUAUAUAAAGAAUUGUUGAGUUUUACAGUUUUAAAAA